AUGAAGUCUGGUGGUAGUUUGGAGCCUCCUCAGAGAUCAGGAUGGAGCUGGAUGGAGCUGCUGAACACCUCCACCAACUACACCCAUGGCAAUUUCACGCGUAAAGAGGAGGAGAAGGAGGCUAACCUGGCUCUCCAGUCGGGUCUGGCCGUGACCUUGACCCUCAUCACUUUGGCCACGACGCUCUCCAACGCCUUCGUCAUCGCCACCAUCUACCAGUCCAGAAAGCUGCACACCCCGGCCAACUUUCUGAUCGCAUCCCUGGCCGUCACCGACCUGCUGGUGUCCAUCCUGGUGAUGCCCAUCAGCGCGCUGUACACCGUCAGCCAGACCUGGACUCUUGGGCAGGUGGUGUGCGACAUCUGGUUGUCCUCCGACAUCACCUGCUGCACUGCGUCCAUCCUCCACCUGUGCGUAAUUGCGCUGGACCGGUUCUGGGCCAUCACGGACGCGCUGGAGUACUCCAAAAAGCGCACCAUGGGACGCGCAGCAGGUAUGAUCGCCACCGCCUGGGUCAUCGCCAUCUCCAUCUCCCUGCCUCCUUUCUUCUGGAGACAGGUGAAGGUGGAGGAGGUGACGAGCUGCAACGUGAACACCGACCACAUCUUCUACACCAUCUACUCCACCUUCGGAGCGUUCUACAUCCCCACAUUGCUGCUCAUUGCGCUCUAUGGGAGGAUCUACGUGGAAGCACGCAAGCGCAUCCUGAAGCAGACGCACAAGAAGCCGGGGAAGAGGCUGACCUCUGCGCACCUGAUCUCCAACUCCCCCGGCUCCGUGGCCUCCUCCACCUCUCUGAACUACGGCACCAACGACGCCUCCUCCUGCGACACUACCUCGUCCCCCACCGUGAACCAAGUGAAGGUCACUGUGUCCGACGCGCUGCUGGAGAAGAAGCGCAUCUCCGCAGCCAGGGAGAGGAGGGCCACCAAGACUUUGGGGAUCAUCCUGGGGGCCUACAUCAUCUGCUGGCUCCCGUUCUUCAUCUACACCCUUCUAGUGCCUGUCUGCCAGUCCUGCUUCCACCCGGAGCUGUUUGACAUCUUCACCUGGCUGGGUUACCUCAACUCUUUAAUCAACCCCAUCAUCUACACCAUGUCCAACGAGGACUUCAAGCAGGCUUUCCACAAACUGAUACGGUUCAGAUGCUUCAGGGCGUGA